AUGUGCGAUUCGUUUGACACUAUGCUCGAUUAUGAUGUACCGCGAGGUUCUCUCAACAAACGCCUUUCGAAAGCAAUUGAUCGAACGAAAACGUUCUACGAACUAGUGGUGGAUCAUGAUGAAAGCCCCGAGGGAGCUGUGAUCGUCUCAUUGGGUGGAGGAUUCAAUGAUUAUUAUCGGAGAAAAUGUGCGGUGGAUGUUGGUCUCAACAAAAGAUGCGAUGGGUCGAUCUUGCGAGAAUUCACACACGGGAGCGAGGUGGACAAAGAAGAGUUGAAGAAACUCGUUGAAGAGACGUUUGUGGGUAUAGGCCCUCUCCCACCUACUCGAUUUCGCUUCGUGGCUGGACCUUUCGAUCCAGCUAUGGUGUUGUAUCUUGUUCGGCUCGGAUUUGAUUGUUUCGACUCAUCGUAUGCUAUCAAGAUCUCUGAAGAGGCAAAAUGUCUUCGCUUAGCCGACGAUUACCCAUACUCGUCGCAAUUCGAGCUUUUGGAUUUCAACGACGAUAAAUAUGCUGAUGACUACGGAAGAGUGUUUGAUUCGUGCGAUUGCUAUACAUGCAAGAACUACACGCGAAUGUAUCUUCGACAUUUGACCAAUACAAAGGAGUUGCUGGGUCCCAUAUUGCUUGUCAUACACAACCUAACCGAAUAUCAGCGUAUGUUCUUGUUGAUACGAAACGCUAUAGAUGGAACUCAUCAUUCUGGGAGAGGCACAACACUUUAUUUGACAGGAGAAAGUCUGAAUUCGUCCAGAAGCGAAAAAGGAUGGAUGUGGACGGAGAUUAAGAGCCAAAUUUCGGCAAAUGAUCUAUCUGUUUUCUACAAGGAGUUUCUUGAUCUAGAACAUGCGAACUUGAAUGGCCUACAACAAGCAAAAUGUCUUCGCUUAGCCGACGAUUACCCAUACUCGUCGCAAUUCGAGCUUUUGGAUUUCAACGACGAUAAAUAUGCUGAUGACUACGGAAAAGUGUUUGAUUCGUGCGAAUGCUAUACGUGCAAAAACUACACGCGAAUGUAUCUUCGACAUUUGACCAAUACAAAGGAGUUGCUGGGUCCCAUAUUGCUUGUCAUGUGA